GUAUCUAACAUUCUAAAAUUUCUAACCAUCUUUUUCUAGAAAAUGGGUUUGUCCGAUGACAAUCAUACGUGUGACGUAUCUCGAAUAUAGAAAAACAUAAUGAUUUUGUUCUCCACACACUGCCUAUCCCUUUUAAUGGUCAUCUUUCAUAUAAAAAUAACAAAGAAGUAUUAUCAACCAUAUUUAAACAGAGAAAUAUAUUAUCAACCAUAUUUAGGUCGUCGCCCGUAAGCGACGCGUCAUCCCUCCGCCUGGGGGUGGUGUCAAAUAUGCAAGGGUGCGCUACACUUCAUAGGCCUGGGUGUGGUGAUAAGAAUGCUAAGGUUGCUAGGUCGUCGCCCGGAAGCGGCGCGUCAUCCCAUUGCCCGAGGAUGAUGUCAAAUAUGCACGGGCAUGGUGGGAUCCGAGGCGGGGCUAAGAACAUAAGGUGGAGUGCUAGAUUGCGCUUUGGGACGUGGAAUGUUGGGUCUCUUACAGGCAGAUCUUCCGAGGUAGUCGAAGUUAUGAGGAGGAGGAAUAUCAGCAUUAUGUGUGUGCAAGAAACUAAAUGGGUUGGAGAGAAAGCACGUGAGAUUAAUCCUGGAGGUUUUAAGUUGUGGUAUUCGGGGAGAGAUAAGACCAGGAAUGGGGUAGGCAUUAUUGUGGCGCGUGACUAUGUUGAAGAUGUGGUAGAAGUCUUCAGGAAGAACGAUCGUAUCAUGAGCAUUAAAUUGGUGAUGAGGGGUGAGAUUGUGUCUGUGAUAAGUGCCUAUGCACCACAAGUGGGAUUGGAUGCAUCUACGACUCAACAGUUUUGGGAAGAUCUUGAAGAAGUGGUGCGGCGAGUGCCAAGGGGAGAGAAGUUGGUCAUAGGAGGCGACCUCAACGGGCAUGUGGGCUCGAGCCGUGAUGGCUUUGAGAGUAUUCAUGGCGGACAUGGUUUUGGCACUAGAAAUGAAGCAGGAAAGAACAUUUUGGAUUUUGCCUCGACGUAUGAGUUGGCUAUAAUGAACACUUGGUUUAGGAAAAGAGACUCUCACCUUGUAACCUAUAGAAGUGGAGCUAAUAGUACCCAAAUUGACUACUUCUUAGUACGGACUACUCGGAGAACUAGAUACACCGAUUGUAAGGUUAUCCCAGGUGAGAGUGUUGUCACUCAGCAUAGGAUGCUUGUGCUUGACUUUCGAGGUAAGAACCAUAGAAGACAAGUUAAGCAACAAGUGGAGCCAAAGAUAAAGUGGUGGAGGCUUGAGGGAGAUCUUCAACAAAGCUUUGCACACAAAAUGUUCGGUGAAGAUGUAUGGCGUAUUGAUAAUGGAACACAUGUGGAGGAUGCGUGGUUAUCGAUGGAGCUGACCAUCAACAAAGUGGCAAAGGAGGUACUUGGAGAAUCUAAAGGAUGUCUGCCACCCAAAAAGGACACGUCGUGGUGGAAUGAUGAGGUGAAACAAGCCAUAAGGAACAAAAGAUAUUGCUACAAAAAGUUGGGGACGAGUCGGAGUGAUGAGAACAUAGAAGCAUACAAGGAGGCUAGAAGACAAGCAAAGAAAGCCGUAAAGGAAUCACAAGGGAAAGUGAACAAGGAGUUGUAUGAAAAAUUGGACUCUAAGGAAGGAGAACAAGAUAUCUAUAAACUUGCUCGUCUUCGUGAUCGUAGGACUCAUGAUAUCGGAAAAGUUAAGUGUGUGAAGGAUGUCGAUCAAAGGAUAUUAAUGGAGGACAUAGAGAUAAAAGAGAGGUGGAGGUCAUACUUUGACACUUUGUUCAACAGGAACAAAGUGCAAGAUAUUGGUGAUUUGACCAUACCAGAUUGUAUGGUAAAUCGUGAUUUUGUGAGAAGGAUCCAACCAACGGAAGUUAAAGAGGCUCUGAGAAAGAUGGGGCGGAAGAAAGCAGUGGGUCCAGAUGGCAUACCGAUCGAGGCUUGGAGAAGUUUGGGAGAGAGAGGCAUCGAGUGGUUAACAAAUUUCUUCAACAAGAUUUGGAGAAACAACAAGAUGCCAACGAGUUGGAGAAAGAGUACUCUUAUUCCCUUAUUUAAGAAUAAAGGUGAUGUACAAGAAUGUGCCAACUAUCGAGGGAUUAAGCUUAUGAGUCAUACCAUGAAACUUUGGGAGCGAGUGAUUGAGCAAAGACUUCGAAGAACGUUGAAGAUUUCAGAGAAUCAAUUCGGUUUUAUGCCUGGUCGCUCAACAACUGAGGCUAUUCACCUUCUUCGGCAACUUAUGGAGAAGUAUAGAGACGCUCACAAGGAUUUGCAUUUAGUGUUCAUUGACUUAGAAAAGGC